GCUCCACUCCCACUUCCUGAGCCUGACGCUGGAGCCCUGGAGGCCAGGCCAGGCCUGGCCGCUCUGGCCCAGGGGGGCACAUCGGCCUGUGUCCUGUCCCAGCCUCAGGGCUCCGGAGGCUGCUGCCACCACUACCCAGGAGGUCAGGCCUCUCGCCUUACUCCCAGGCCUCCACCCAUCUGGUCGACCAGCCGCCAUGCGCCUGCUGUGGGCCGUCUCCCCCUGCGGCCUGGCCUGGGGGCCACUCAUACUAGGCCUCUGCGGUCUCCUGGCAGCAUCCCAGCCCCCACUGGUGCCCCCAUACCAUACGGAGAACCAAACCUGCCUGGACCAGGAAAAGGAGUACUACGAACCCAAGCAUCAGGCCUGCUGCUCCCGCUGCCCCCCAGGCACUCAUGUCUCAGCUGAAUGCAGCAAUGGAAAGGACACAGUUUGUGCUGCAUGCCCUAAAAAUUCCUACAAUGAGCACUGGAACUAUCUCUUAAUCUGCCAGCUAUGCCGCCCCUGUGACCAGGUCCUGGGCUUUGAGGAGACUGCACCUUGCACAAGCAAACAGAAAACCCAGUGCCGCUGCCAGCCAGGAAUGUUCUGCGCCCGUUGGGACCAUGAAUGUAUGCACUGCGAGUCACUUCCUGACUGCCCACCGGGCACCGAAGCUGAGUUCAAAGGUGAAGUUCCGGAGGCAAGUAGGAACUGUGUGCCCUGUAAGGUAGGGCACUUCCAGAACACCUCCUCCCCCAGCGCCCGCUGCCAGCCCCACACCAGGUGUGAGGACAUGGGCCUGGUAGAAGCAGCGCCAGGCACCAACCUGUCUGACACCAGCUGCAGAAAUCCAUCAGAGACCCCUGAAAUGCCAGGAACUAUGCUGGUGCUGGCCAUCAUGCUGCCCUUGGUCUCUUUGCUGUUCCUCAUCACCAUCCUGGCCUGCACCUGGAAGAGCCACCCCUCUCUCUGCAGAAAGCUGGGAUCCCUGCUCAAGAGCCGUCCGGAGGGAGAGGAAUCCAAUAUUGCUGAUGGAAACUGGCAGGCUUCAAGCGUUAACCCACAUUUCCCCGACCUGGUAAAGCCACUUCUGCCCAUCCCUGGAGACUUGCCCCCGGCCUCGGCCUGGCCCCCACCGACCCCGGUUUUGAGGCAAGAGGUGCUACAACAGCAGAGUCCUCCGAACCAGGCCAGGGACCUGGAAGCUGAGCUCCCAGAGCAAGGCCAAAUGGCCCACGGUACCAAUGGUAUUCAUGUCACCGGUGGGUCUGUGACUGUCACUGGCAACAUCUACAUCUACAAUGGGCCAGUACUGGGGGGAGCACGGGGCUCUGGAGACCCCCCUUCUCCCCCAGAGCCUCCAUACCCCAUUCCUGAAGAGGGUGCCCCUGGUCCUCCCGGGCUGUCUACACCCUACCAGGAAGAUGGCAAAGCUUGGCACCUGGCCGAGACAGAGACACUGGGGUGCCAUGCCCUCUAACAGGGCCAAGGACCCAAUUUGUCACCCACGCCUCAUGGUAUCUGGAAGAAGCCAGGAGAAUGGAGGCACGAGAUCACCUUCUCCCUAAGGCUGCCCUACCCACACAGGAUUGACAGAGGGCCUGGGUAGGGCCCCUGAGAGGCAAACCCUAAGGGGCCAGGCCUCAGACAUGUCUCCGAGAGCAGGGCCAGGCACUGGCUGGAUACGGUGCCCGCCACAGGACUCUCACCACCGCCUGAGCAGGCCUGAGACUUCAUUGCAGACCCCUGCCCAUGGGGGCUGCACCAGUUCAGCUUCAGGCACAGACAGAGCACAUGAUGCCUGCUGCUGCCCACCAUGGCGCUCUGCACCCAAAGCAUGACACAGGAGGAAGCCAGCCACACGGUCACUUGCAAGGACAUCACUGGGACCUCUAACAGAUUUGUGGCCCUCAUCCCCAAGCUUCAGAGGACCCACACUUCACAUGGACUGAGGUAGACUCUAUGAUGGAGUUACAUGGAGCACCACCUCUUCCCUCCUAAAGAAUGGGAGUCAUUAAAACCUGGGGAUUACUAGGGAAAGUUUUGGAGGGGGAGGAAAAUGGCAAAUGUAUUUAUAAAUUGUAACCACGUGCAAAUAAAGUGGCAGUUG